AUGGACGCAGGCGGUCUCGCUCAGAUGACUUCAAACUCCUUCAAUUCGGCCAACGGGCUGCCUAUGCCCGCCGGCGGGCUAGCCUCUCGUCGAGGCAGCCAGAAUAUCAAGCCUCUCUCGUUUGACACAAUUAAGCAGGGCAACGCUAGUAAGGAUGGUGGUGUCCCUACUCCUCGCACAAGCCGCUCCCAUCUGCUUGCCGGUCUGCGAACAGCCCCUAAAUCCGCGACUGCAGCCACGUUUGGUCCUACAACUCCUGCAUCAAAUGUUACUCAGCACUACGCUAGACGCAGUAUGGCCGCCAAUCUUCACGGUUAUGGCCAAGACAACAUCUACAAUGCUGCUCCUAAGACGGCGUUUCCCCAGUACGGCAACCAGCAGAGUAUGUAUCCGAACAUGAUGGGUAGCCAGCAAUACACUGUCGAUCAGGUCCUUGCGCCACCUGAGCUUCCCAUAGAUGAACAAGCUCAGGAGCAUAUGGAUCCCAACCUCUACGCUCAGCUCGUUGCUACCAACAUGUACCUUGCUCAGCAGCAGCAGAAACUUCAGCAGCAACUUAGAAACGUUCAAGCCGCCGCUCAGCAGUUUCAGCAGCUCAACCUCAGCAGCUCCCAGCGUACCCAGCUUACCCAACAGCAAAUAGCUCUCUACGAGCAGCAGCAACAGCUCCACAACCUCCAGCAACAGCUGGGGGUACAGGCUGCCAUCAGCCAGGGUCAGCAGGUUUACUACAGCCCGGUCACUGGUCAAUACUACGUUGAUAAUGCAUCCGUCUCCACAGCAGCCCAAAUCAGCUCUCAUGUCGACCAACCCAUGUCGCCGACGUUCAAUAACGGACUCCAGAACGGAGUUCAGCAACAGCUUCAGCAGCACCUCCCACAACAGCAAUACCAGCAGUCUCCUCAGCAAGGAACCCCGCGAGUUCAGGUCUCCCCACCUCCCGAGAAUCACCACUCGAUGUCGCGCUCCGGCUCUCCUCCCAAGCGGUACGACUCGCCCUCGGACGUGACGCCAUUGCCUCCCCCAUCUGCCAACGCAUUCCGUCGUGGUCAUAAGAAGGCUUCAUCUCUUGCACCCGUCAACAGUGCUCUGGCUGCAGGGAAUACCUCUGCUGAUGCUCCCAAGUCUGCAGGUCCCAAGACAGCCUCUUUCCCUUUGACACCCAUGACUGGAGGCUAUGGGCCUGGCCAGGCCCGCGCUGGUGAGCAUCCAACACGACAGCCACGGGGUCCUCCAUCCCUGGAUGAGCUCAUCUCUAAGCCCACUGCGAAGCACGAGGGCAGUAAGAACUUUGCUGCUCGCACGCGUCGAUCCGCAGUGCAUAAUCUUGUUCGUGCUGGUUUGGAGCGCCGCAAGGGCACGAGCAGCUCUGUUGGAAGCAUGAGUCCUGUUUCUGAGACUGCUGAAGAGUCCUGUUCACCCAUUACCGACAACGACUCAGAUUCCGGACGAAGCGGCUCCGGCAGCCUAGCUGGCGAGGAGGAAUGCACCAGCUCUCGAACCUCGGCUAGCGGCAGUUGGGGAGCUAUUGGCUCUGACCGACCGAGUUCUCGCCAAAAGACUCGAGGAUGUGUUGACAGUGUCGGCAACAACAGCCCUACAUCUCUCUCUGAGGCCGAGUACAGCUCCUUUGCUACCGUGUUCAAGAAUGGUGCCUUGCGUGCUCCUAAGACGCAGGAGGCGGCUGACGCUCACCGCAAAGCCCCUAGAUUGGUUUUAACUAGUGUCGAGAAGCGCAAGGCUACCCCUGUUGCUUGA